AUGUACGAAGAAGUCUGUCUCCUUUGCGGCAGGCCAGUCACCGUCGACGGACGGGCGUACUGUAGCGACGAGUGCGAGAGCCUCGACGCUACGUCGCCCUCUUUGUCCGCCUCUAGCAGCGCCUAUCCGUCCCCGUACUUGCACUCGAACAAAGGCCCAGGCAGCCUCGCAGACGUGCCUGCUCUAGUCUCCUCUGCACUCGGCCGCUCUCUCAAUGCCAACAGCACCACAAAGUCCCACAAGAGUCGCCACUCCAUCUCCUCCUCGUCCGCCUCCUCCACCGUCUGGUCCACCUUUACUGACGACGAGGAAGACGGGCUCGUCAACCCGUCUUUGAGUGCGAGUGGCGAUGACGACUUUGCAGACAAUCGCGAAUGGCUUGGCGGCGUUGACCCUAGUGCCAAGCUAGCGGGCUCCCUCGGUCACGGUUUGCAUUCACGUGGAUCAGGCCUGUCUUACGCCCGUCGCCCCUCUGGUACCAACAAUCGUUCCACCAUCACCACCCUCAACCGCCGCACUUCGUCAGUUUCAAACCCCUCCAUUGGUAACGCUGGCUCUCCUCGCAGUGUUCCAGCCCCGCCUCCCCUCAGCCCCUUUGAGGACGACUUUGAUGUACCGUCUGUCUCCCUUUCGUCGCUUUCCUCUGCAAACUCUCGUGACGCGCCCCGUAGCCAUGGGCGCAAGUCGAGCACGUCUAGCGAACACGGGAACGCUCACGAGUCCACGGUCACUGUAAAGUCGAGGCGUAACCGGGCCAGUCUCCCUGCUUACUUUUCUCUCCUCACGGCAUCCACUUCAUCCCCUCCUUCCCGCACGCAGCGCUCACCGUCGUCGUUGCAAACUUUGAAUGCCAUCGCACGAUCAUUUCAGUCGUCGCCUCCUACCCCCCGCGUUGCCAACCCCGUUUUGGAUCCCAUCACGGCUUAUUCGCAGGCUCACCCCAAGCCGGAAGGUGUGGAGGCAACCCCUCGAGGUCGGGUCCGGCAGCGCAACCCGAACGCUCGGUCGCCCUCUAGCCGCCGAUCAGCUGCGCGGUCGCCUCCGCGUCAGUACGUCCCCAGCUCUCCACCGCCAUGCGCCCAUCACCGUGUGCUCGUCGGGCCGCAAGCCCGUGCGCGCCUCGACAGUAUCGAGAAGGUCGCCGACUGGGUAUCGCAGAGCCCAGUCGUAGGCCGUGGGCGCACCCUCACACGCCGAAAUAGCUCCCCGCCGAAGAAGCCGCUUUUCGACACGAUCAUAAAUAGCGUUGAGGCGGAUGAUGAUUUGGACGCUGUUCGGGAACUUUUGGAUCGGAGCCUGCAUCCUCAUCGAAUGGUUGCCAGUGAAGAUGUCUUUGUUGCCCGUGGUGACAGGGAGAGACGAGGUAGAAGGAUGGUGGAUGAGUUGGACAAGCUGCCGAUGGGCCCGCACAACUCUGAGGCACCUGGAUACGGGAAUGGACGGAGCGGCCUAAGAGGUCGCGAGAGGGAACGUGGAAGAACUCUGGCGCGUUGA